AUGUUGUUUGGUGUCAAGUUGGCUAAUGAUAUCUACCCACCCUGGAAGGAUUGGUACAUUGACUACGAUGGGCUGAAGAAGCUUCUCAAGGAGUCAGUAAUAAAGGACCUGGGGCUCAGCCCGAAGGAGAGCAAGAGGAAGGGCAAGGGUGACACGGACGAGCACUGGACAGCGCGCAACGAGUCUAACUUUGUCGAGGCUCUGGACCGGGAGUUGGAAAAGGUGUAUAGUUUCCAAAGUGGCAAGUACACCGAGAUAAUGGGAAAGCUCGAGCGGCUUGAGGAAGAACUCGACGGCGCAGACGCUCUGCAGUCUCUGGACCUCGGCCACAUACGAGAAGAGCUGGAACAGGCGUUGACAGAGGCUCAGGAGCUAGACCGGUUCUCGCGCUUGAACUUCACGGGUUUCAUCAAAAUUGUUAAAAAGCACGAUAAGCUCCACGAAGGCUAUCCGUCGGUGAAGUCUCUGUUACAGGUGCGUCUGAAGGCAUUGCCAUUCCACUCCGAAGAGUACUCCCCGCUCUUGUACAAGAUCUCGUUCCUGUAUGACGUCUUGCGCAAGAGCACGGACACGGCCUCGAAGUCGCUAAUCGAAUCUUCUAAGCUCUCCAGCUUUACUAGCGAAGACAUGCCAACCUACCGGACUUACAAGUUCUGGAUCCAUCCGGACAACUUGAUGGAGGUCAAGACGCGCAUCCUGCGCCAUCUACCCGUGCUUGUGUACAUGGCAGCGCCGCCCGAAAGUGGCGAUGUCAUGGGACCGCUGAACCCUGGCGCCGUUGAUGAGGAAGGCAGUGUUCCUUCUUCCGCUUCCAGCUUCGACGCUACCGCGCACCAGACGAAGAGCUUGGAUAACGUUGUCACCACGCUCUAUUUCGAUAACGAGGAGUUUGAGUUAUACAACAACCGGUUGUUGAAAGCUACGUCGUCACCCACUGUGAUGCUCUGGUGGACCGGCAAACUCAUCAACCUCUCGGAUGUCUUUUUGGAGAAGCGAGUGCCUCUAGAGAGCAAAGACACUGAUACAAUUGAUCGCGAGGAAGUUAGGUUGAAGCUCAAGAAGAAGUUCAUUUCGGGCUUUAUCUUCAAUGGUGAUCCAGAAUUCAAAGAAAAGAUGUCUGCGAAGCUACGUGAGAGGGGUUCUCGAGAAGCAGAGAUUUCGAAAUUCUGUGAGGAUGUUGACUCUUUACAGAAAUUUAUCCUACAGAAUGAGCUGCAACCUGUCUUGAGAACGCUCUACACGAGAACUGCGUUCCAGAUUCCGGGCGAUGACAGAAUUCGGAUCACAAUCGAUUCCAAUAUAAUGUAUAUUAGGGAGGAUUGUUUCGAUGAGGACAGGCCCAUCAGAGAUCCUAAAAAUUGGCACAGACCUGAGUUAGACGCCGCAGUUCAAAAUCCUAUGAAGUUUCUUCGUCCUGGAGAAUACACCAAGUUCCCUUACUCUGUCAUGGAGAUCAGAGUUCGAACUCAGGCGCCAUCCUUGACAAACUUGGUUACUGGCGUUGGCCCACUGAUACCCUCGCAGUAUAGUGAAUGGUUUUACGAGUUGACCAACUCGCAUCUAGUAAAAGAGGUACCCAAGUUUUCGAAAUACAUACAGGGUGUGGCCUCAUUGUUCGGUGAGGAUGACAGGUUUGACAUGCUGCCCUUCUGGCUCCCUGACCUGGAGACUGAUAUCCGGAUGAAUCCAGAUCAAGCUUAUGAGGAAGAAAGAAAAAGGCUGGAACAGCAUGGUGUUCAGCAGGCGGCUGCUGCGCGUAUGAGGAGGCUCUCGCUUUUGUCUCACCCAGGAGGUGCUAGCCUUGAAAAAGACAGUAACCGCCAACCUCAGCGCGCGAACGAGCCACCCAGGGUGGCAGAUCUCGAAGACUCAGAUACCUCCGAGGAAGAGGCCGAGCGCGAUGCGCAACCUCGGAAACCAAGAAACAGGCGCAAGCGGUCUAUGUUCCUCACUGUCUUGACUGGAAGGGAACCAAAGCUUUCGGGGUUUGACUCAGAGGAUGAAGAGGUUGAGCUGCCUCCAGGAGUCAAGAAGCCAACAACACUCAUAAAAAAUGCAGGGCCUGUCAAUGUGGAAGCAAAAGUCUGGCUCGCAAACGAACGGACAUUCACUCGCUGGUUGACUCUCGCCACGUCUCUCAGCGUGCUUACGUUUUCGAUUUUCUAUUCUGCUGAUCGCAGCGCUUUCCCGAAGGUCGCCAACACCCUUUCGUACAUCUACUUUGGGCUGACCGUCUUCACCGCGCUCUGGGCAUACUUCGUGCACCGCAGAAGGCUCUCGGUCAUCACUGAACGUUCGGGUCAGCACCUGGAUGCCCCCGUCGGGCCCUUGUUACUGGCACUAGUGCUUGUGGCAGCCCAGUGCAUCAACUUCGUGGCGGUUUUCCGCGGGCUUGCCCAGAAGCAGAACGCUGUGGCGGGCACACUGGAGGCUGCGGGCCUGCCGUUCUCUGCGGAUGAACUUUCGCCUCCGUUGGCCGCUAUUCGGGAAUUCGUUUUCUGGGUUGUCGGGGCAGACCGUGGGCCCCAUCUGUGA